GAAAUGAAAAUGUCCUGUCUGAAAAAGUUGGAGGAAAAAGGGUUUCUCUGUAGUGUAAAUAUUGCAACAUGGUCUGAAAAAAUGGAUCUCCUUGCCGUUGGGUUCAGUUCGGGUGAGUUCUCGUUGUUCCGAUUAUCAUGGCAUAAAGUAUGGCAUUGCAAUGCUCCUAGUCCAAACUGUGGAGCUGUCACUUCUAUAAGUUGGCGGGUAUCAGAUUCUAGGGUUAUUGCUGUGGCCUUCGAAAAAACUAGCCAGAUUGUUAUAGUUGAUAUAAAUUCAUCUCACUGUGUUCAUCGUCUUAUGCUAACAGAAAUUCCGAACUCAGUAUAUUUUGGAUGUCUUGGUAGCACUAAGGUGUCAGACUACAGAGGAAGCUCAGAAGUUAAUGUAUUUUUGCCACCACUACCGAACUUGAAGAAAAAUCUUGCACCAGAUGCCCUGAUUUAUCACGAAGGUAUUAUUGAAAAUGCGAAGAUACUUCAGAACCAAUUAAACCGGCAAAGUUAUGAUGAUAAAUAUAGCGAGUUAGAUGUGUUAAUUGUCAUACAGGAGAGUUUUAUAUACUUCUACAGUUGUUGUUUGUAUCCUAUCUUCAAAAUUCCAAUCACAGAUGUUGGUAAAAUUUUAAAAAUAAAUUUACCGAGCAAACAUUUUCCAUUUCUAGGAGUCUGUGCUGUUAUUAACCACACUUUAAUUACCGAUCUGUAUAAAUUAGAUAACAUUACCAACAAUUUCCCGCUAUUAAUUGACGAGUCCAAUCAUAUUUAUAAUAUAAUCAGUUGUUUUGACUAUAUUUCAACAUGCGUGCAAGCUAUGUUAGAUAGUUGGCAGGAUGCUCUUGGCGAGGUGCAAUUGAAGCUUGCUCGGUUUUCUCUCGAGAAAAGGUCGCCUGGUACAGUUGGAGACGAGUUCCUAAUGUUGCUUCUGUUCGGCAAACCAAGCAGUGAACUUCUUAAUUUCCUUGUUAACGAAUUGACCAGUAAAGGUUGCGAGAACUUGCAACACUCCAUCACAUCAAGUUAUUCAAUUCUCUCAACUUUUACUGCUAAUAACAUUUUACCCGCCUCAAGAGCCAUGUUAUUUCAUGCUCAAAGUCUGUAUAAAAUUUGUCGGAAGACGUCGAUUAUAGAGUCAGAUAAAUCCCUCGUUGUCAUGCACCUUUUGAAAUCGGCGGCCUCCUUAGCUCUCAAGGCCAACGAAAUGCUAGUAGUUAUGGAGAAAAGUCAAAUCGAGCUGAAAAGUUUCUUCAAAUGGCUGCAUUGCAUGUUGCUGAAGUUGUCGGAUGAAAAUGUCCCUCCUGGACUUAAUCAGACUUCCCAACACGAGCUUGUGGAAAUUGCAAACUUCAUAAAGGAAAGUUUGAAUGAAACUAUUUAUGAUGAGGAUACACCCGAAGGAAAGAAAAGAAGAGCCAUUUUUAGGUUAGAAAAAGUAGGGCAGUAUUUGUCAAAAGAUCACUUGAAAGAACCAUGCGACUUUAAGAAACAGGGUAAUAUGACAAAUCAUUGGCUCAACUGCUUCAUCAACGGAGAUUUCGAGAACGAAAAUAUUAUUUACGAUCCUUGCACUAAUAAGUCAUUCAGACAAGUUUUAUCAGAUUUAGAAGAAAUUAUUUCAACUGAAAUUUCUAGUGUCUUUUGCACGGACGCAGUUGACGCCGUGGAAAAACUCGAAACUAUCGUGUUGGACAAAAAGUUUCGUUACAACGAAAAGUGCUCAAAUUUUUUUGAUUCUUUGGUUCAUGAGAAUUACUUGAACAUUGUCUUCAGCGAUAAUAAGCUUAUAAAUACGAUGAAAGUCUGUUACUUGGCUGAAGAUGAAGGAAAUAUGCCGAAAAAACUGACUAGAGUAAUUGAAAUGCAAACUAAUACAUAUGAUAGUGUUGAAGUUACUUCUGUACGAUUUAUGGAAUCCAAGUUGUGUAUGUUGCUUCACGAGUUCGGAGAUCGAAGCGCUUAUCGCCUGGUAUUGACAGAUCCGUUCUCUGAUUCUUCCAAAAAGUGUUCCAAAUCACUGUUCAAAAAGGCACCUAACGAAGAAGAACACUUCAAGAGAUUUCCGCUCUUUGAUUCAGUUCACCGACUCAAUAUCAUGAACCAUAAUUCUAUCAAAAGCUCUAUCGCGAUUUCGGGUAGUUUGGCCCUCUCAUCAAAUGUGGAGUAUUCGCAACUGAGUGUCAGUUCCGAUAGGAAGUUAGCUUGUCUGGUUCAGCAGCAAAAUAAAAGGAUUCUUUUCAUUGACCUCGAUUCGCCACCAGACGACGACGAGGAUGAGGGAAACGACGAAGAUGAAGAGAACAUGAGUAGUGAGAUGUGUGAUUUAUCAAGUGAUACCAUUGGCCAACCUAGUGCGCAAGUUGGCAAUUUUUUUGAAGAUGAAAUUGAGUUUGAAGAUGGGUAUGAAUAUGAGCCAGAAUGGCUACCGAAUGCCGAUUAGAACCUCGGGAUCGAUAAACACUCUUGUUUGUAAAGACAGUCAAAAUUCUCUUUGACAUGUUUGAUUGUUUACUGAUUUGAUUUACAAAUAUGAGCUGACGCUGAAAAUAUUCUAUUUAAAAUUUAGAACCUG